AUGAACGAUGCCGUUUAUGAUCUUCGCCGAACACGAUCGCUUCCGAGUGAGAACGAAGUCUUUUCAAACAACAUCGAGAGAGGCUGCAUAUCACCGACUGUCAAUCGAGAGUCUAUCGAGUAUGCAUCCGAUUCCAGCUGCGAGGGUUAUAGGGAAUUUCAGAAACAACAGAUCGAAAGAAGAAAUUCAUCCCCAAUUGCAGCGUCCAGUGCUUUCACUAUCGAUAGUAUCCUCGGGAGAAAUGAGAAAAGAGAAAUCUCGAGAAUAAACAAUUCCGGUGAUAAAGAGGAAGAUCAAGACGAUACGGAUGACAGGAUAGAGGGACACUUUGUCAAGCCAACAGCGAUACCAGCCACACGUUCUGAUAUAGAAGGGAGUUUGUAUACUCAUGCGGGAUUGCCGUACUCCGAAGGUGUACUAUCUGAUCCCUCGGCAUAUUCUGCAACAUCACUCGCAUCAGCUUCAUUACUAUAUAGUAGCUGGUUUGCUCAAACAAAGCCUGGACAGCUGUUUGGUUUACAAGCACCUAAACCGAGUGGCAGGAGAUCGAGAAAACCGGGUAUCGAUCGGAAACCACGUCAAGCUUACAGUGCAAAACAGCUGGAGAGACUUGAAGCGGAGUUUAAGAUUGACAAAUAUCUCAGCGUAAGCAAGCGGAUGGAGUUGUCCAAGUGUUUGAAUCUCACCGAGGUGCAAAUCAAGACGUGGUUCCAGAAUCGCCGCACGAAGUGGAAGAAGCAGCUCACAUCCAGACUGAAGAUCGCGCAAAGGCAAGGGCUGUUUCCACCGACGUAUUUCCCGACCACCCAGUAUCCUCUUCUUCCGUACUAUGCGGCGCCUUUGAUGUUCGGCACCCCUUUGUCGGACGAUGCGAAUUCUAGCUUGCCGACCCGAUCCGCUGUAUCGUCUUCAGAUACAGUCUGACGCAGUACAGACUCGAACUACUUGGUCGAUCGUCGGCCGGACGAUUGCGAAGUGCAAUAAGACCUUCCGUUGGCUACU